AUGCCUGAGUAUACAAGUCAAGCUCAGGACUAUAGCAUGGUCGCUCCUACUCAUUACCAUCCCUUUCCAGAAGACAUCAAUCCGAUGCACGGAUCGAUGGGCUCUCCAUCUCAAUGGCCUGAUGCUCCUCCGGAGCUAAAUUCGCCAGUCACUCAUCUUGCCUUGAGUGAUGUUCUCUGGUACCAGCCAGACUAUCAGGAUGCAGCAGGCGAGGCAGAAGGGGUCGCCGUAAAUCCCACUGUGGCUGCUGCUAUUGCAGCAUGUAAUUCAUCCGCAGCAGAGUUUACUAACGCUGCUGCUAUAUGCUCCGCAGCUGCAGCUGCAAUUAUGACAGCCGGUAUUCCAGCUGGUAAUGCAUGUCAAUCUGCUGCUACUGCUAUCCUUGCUGCUGGGAUUCCAGUGGUUGAUAUCUGUGUCGCUACUGCUGAGGCAUGCAACACCGCUGCUGCUUCAUGUUUUGCUGCUUUUGAAGCUGAGGGCUUGGCUGCUGAGAUUCCAGCUACGGGAGCUACCGCUAGACGCUCUAGGCGCACAAAAUCUGACAAAGUCCAACCGUCUCGUCCUCCAAAAUCUUCGAACACUGGAAUCAAGAAAGUGCGAAGUCCGAAGGCAAAGACCGGAACCCGCUCUCUUAAAUCUGCGUACGCCAAAUCCGCGAAUCCACAGGCCAAGACUGGAACCCGCUCUCGUAAACUUGCACACGCCGCAGUCAAGAAAGCCCAAGUUCCGCAUCUUCAAACCGGACUCAGUUCACAAGAAUCUACAAACGCCAUACCCGAGACGAUUCAAACUGCAGAUACCCAGAUUGGGGCCCCCAGAACUACCGCCAAAAACAACCCAAAACCGGCCGGCAAAAUCCCUAAGGCGCAACGUAAGGUAGUCACACCAAGGACACCGAAGAAGACUCCCCAACCUGCCAGCCACUCCUAUAACCUCAGGUCAAGCAAAAAAACUUACAAUCUGAGAUCGGCAAAAAAGGACGGCACCCCUAGUCCGGCAGCCAUCAAACCCAACAGAUCAACCGUCAAGAAGAACACCCGCAAAUAG